GUCAACUGUCACAGAAGUCAUAUCCAUUCGAUUAGUUCAAUAUGACUUUCAAAUGCUUAGCUCUGUUCACUCUGGUGGCUGCUGCCAGCGCCGUAGUUCUGCCAUACGCUGUUAAGCACGUGGAAUACGCCGAUGCUCCAGCUGAGUACCACUUUUCGUACUCCGUCCACGAUGGCCACACCGGUGAUGUCAAAAGCCAGACCGAGGAACGUCACGGAGAUGCGGUAAAGGGACAAUACUCUCUGAUCGAUGCCGAUGGUCACCAACGAGUUGUUGAUUAUACCGCCGAUGACCACAACGGAUUUAACGCCGUCGUGCGCCGUGAUCCAUUGGCGCACAAGACCAUCGUUCCAGUGGCCAAGGUGGUUGCCCCAAUCGCUCACCACUACGUUGCGCCAGUUGCUAAAUAUGCCUACCCAAGCUACUAUCACCAUUAGAAAGUCACAGAACAUCAACGCCAUUCGAUCCCUACCGUGCCCUAGUUACAAUUGUUA